UGUUGACAGCUGACAAAAAUAACGUCAACAUUACACAAAAUCGAAAAGAAAAAUUACCAAACAAAAGUUUUCCAUUUUCUCUCACUCGAAAGAAAAACAAGAAAAUUAUGUUUAUUUUUCCCAUGAAAAAAUAAAGAAUUUAAUUAAAAUUAUCCAUAAAAAAUGGAUAAAUCAAGUGUUGUUAAUCAAUUCACAAAUUAUGUGGAUCAAUUACGAACACAAGAAUGCAGCCAAAAAGAAAAAAUCAAUUGCUUCCAACACAUUGCCGAGUGCAUUUUGUCACCGGCAAUGGUCUCUCACAUCAACUACGCCACUCAUUGCAGCAAUGCAACGAGUGUCCUUUUGUUGUUUUGUGAGGACUUGGAUUCCGUUGUUCGGAUGAGCGCCGAAGAGAAUCUCAAUCGAAUAUUUCGAUCAUUGGAAAAGACUCGAGUUAAACGGAUUUUAAUGGAUUUAUAUGGAGAAAUUAAGAAAAAUGGCAAUCAAAGGUCACUGCGGAUUUGUUUGAAUCUGUUUGCAUAUUAUACACCGCACAUCAAAGAAAAGUACAUUACUUCGUAUGCUUUUCGAUUGCUUCCGUGUCUGCAGACUAUUGCCCAACGGAAGGAGACACAACUUUGUGAGACGCUCUGCGAGUUUAUUAAAUGCUUUGCCAAGAACAUGCUGGUGGGAUUGAACUAUCUGCAGACUUGUAAGCUGAUUGAUGUUUUCAUCGCUAACUUUGGAUCGGAAUGCGCUGUAAAGCGACGCUGCUCCUCGCAAAAUUGCAUCAGCUUAAUUGAGAACUCUCGCAACAGGAGCCUGAUGGCGAAACACGCCCUAAAUAAAGCAAUCGAUUCACUUCUAAAUAGCGACCAUCAAAAUACAAAUAAUGUACUCCUUGGGACUUUGGGUUUUCUAAGAAUUCUAUUACCCUUAAUUAUUCGUGCUGAAAGUAAAGACACUAAUCAUAUUUACCACAAGAAAAGUACCACUACCACCAACAACAGUAAUAAUAAUAACAAAACUGAUGACAAUAAUUGUAACAGCAACAGCAACAGUAACAGCAGCCUUCAAGACGCCAAACAAAUAGUUGAAAUCUAUGAUUUUUGUUUGCACUUACUCAACACAAACCACACUUCAAGUCAUUCCAUUAUAAAUGCCUCUCUCGAGGUUAUCAAUUCAAUUUUACAGUCUUUUGAUGGUGGCGGUGGUGGUAACUCUGGCAGCGGGACCAACACAUCCGCUGCUGGAAAAACACUUGAGCACCUCCUAUGCAAUCACCAGCUGCACCACAAUGAAUACCUAAGAAAGAGGAAAUCAUUAAAAAAUCAAAUAUUCCAAUUGAAAAAUUUUCAAAUGACGUGCAAUGUGAGUGGAAAUGGUACUGGCGGUGCUAGUGUAGGCGGCAGUGGUAUGUCCGAGGUGACUCGAGGAACGAUUUCUACUUCGGCGUCACCAUUCAAGUCAGUGUCGAUGAAGAAAAAAUCGACACAAGAAGAAAAAUCUUGGAUUCCGCCUGGCCACGAGCUGCUUUCUAGCCCCCAAGCCCACUCUCGAGCCACCACCACCACCGACAGAACCAGUCAAAGUUUGCUUGUUGGUGGUGGUGCUGCUGAUGGUGAUGAAGAUGCAUCCGAAUUGAAUAAACAUGGAACGUCGUCGUUGAAGAAGUCGACUAUGACAACGCCACCACCACCGACGACUAUGUCAGUGACAGAGAGAUCGACAUUGAAAGUAAAAUCAACUACGACAGCUUCGGCGGUAGAAGAGGAAGAAUCUAUUAGAGAUGCAUUCAAAUUAGGAAUGGAAAAAAUGUCGUCUUCAAUGUCGACUUCGUCAUCCCUGAUGGGAACACCCACACAUCCAACACCGCCUCCUCGUAGACAUCACCAACAACAACAACAACAACAGCCCAGAACUGCUAGUGGCUUGGUUUCUGAUUCGAAAUGCGAUGACAAGAUGAGGCAUGGGAAUGGCAAUUCCAAAGUAAAUAUUAAGACGAAGAGAAGUUGCAGUAGUAACUCGGGAAUAUCAGUUGACGAUGACGACGAGGCAUGCACCGUCAGUCAAACAAGCACUCGAGCUAACGAUGAGUUACAACUUAAGAAUCAUAAGGAUGAUCAACAUCAUCGCCGUAAUAUUGAUGAUGAUAAUGAUGAUGACGAUGAUGAUGAUGAUGACGGUUUUACUACCCUGUUGGAAGUAAAUGAACCGCUUCAAAAAGAUCCCCAUUUAUUGUUGUCGUCGGAAUCGUCCUUGUUGUCAUUGUCAAUGGGUGAACCCCCAUCAUCAAAAUUGAGGGGGAAGGUGAUGCUACCAAAAGCAUCAGAAACCGAAGAAGAAGAAUCAGAACAACAACUGAUGGUAGCACCACCGACAGUGACGGUAAAUGUCGACCUGCUGAUUGAAGGUGAAGGUGAUGGUGAAGAAGGAUUUGGCGGUGGUGGUGGAGGUGGUUCGAGCGAUGACAAAUCACAGUUCUUGAGUGACAUCGACAAUGAAUCAUUCAACAGCAUUGAUUUCGAAUCUGAAAUCACAAUUGGUGGUGGUGGUGGUGGAAUUGGUAGCGGUAACAGCGGUGAGCACGACAAUAAUAAUUCCGACAACAAAGAUUCAGAAUCGACAACAACGACGACGUCGAGGGUAAUUCCGCCCUUAACUGCUGGAGGAGCAUCAUCAACAUCAUCGUUGCAAAGAAGAGCGACUACGACGUCGAUGAGUCUCAAUAGUAGUGGAAACGACAGCAGCGGUGGUGGUGGUGGCGUCAAGUCGAGUGAUACAAUUGGUUCUUUCUUUAACAAUUUACUCUCGCAUUCGAGUGCAGAAUCCAUGACAAAACUAUUUCGCUCAACCCCCAAGCCGACAACAUUACCGAUUUUAGCAGAUACCUCACCACUUCCGGCCGCAAUAAAUUCUCAACAGCAGCAGAAAUUGCAACAGCAGCAGCAAAAGGAACAACAGCAACAACAAGAUGCAGACAAUCUCUCGUUAGAAUCCAUAAACAGCCAUAUAUCUCUGAGCAGUCACGUAUCACUUCCGACCAAUAGCUCUAGCUCCAGAAAUGAGCAAGAUUUAGUAAUGGUAUUACCACAUCACAAUGCUGCUGCUACUGGCGGCAAUGGCAACCCAAACACCAGUACCACCACAAGUGCUGGUGCUGGGGUCAAUGAUGAUGCAUUAUCUAGUGCGUCAGCAACAGCAUCAACAGCUUUACUAAUGGACAACACCAACACACGCAAUAGCACAGAUGACGAAGACGAGUCCUCCUCUGUCACAAAGUCACAACUCCUAGAUGAGUUUGACAAUCCCACAGACCCAUCACAACUACAACAACAACACCAUUCAAUGCAACUUAACAUUGGAACGAUUUAUGAACAAGCCAUCAUCUAUUAUACGACACGUUCCAUAGCGUUGAAGUUUUUAUUGACUGGCCAGCGAGGUUAUCUACAAUCCGAUUCCUCCGUGCGAGUCUCCAUAAAGCAUCUUUCAUUGAAUGUUAUCGCUAAUUGUGCUCGUCUCAUGCCCGAGGUGAUGCAAAUUCCUUUAGAAAUAAGUUUUGCCGAGAUAAAACGCACCCAACUCGCCCUCCAAAUACCCGAGGAGGAGGAUGAACAACUGGCAUUAGUCGCGGAGGGUCACCACAGUUCGAACCACAGUAGCGACACCAGCAGUAGUUCGAAUGUGGGCAAGGACUUUGACCAUCUAACUGAUGAUUGUAGUAGACUGGGUGGCGGCGUCGUCGGUGGCGAUUUUACACCAUUAGGUGUACUGAGUGCUGGCGAUUUGAUACCUUUGGAAAUUAAAGAUGACCAUUUCGGUGAGAGCACCACAAAUGAUUUCCUCAAUCAACCGCUGAGUAAAAGUGCCGACCCAUUGUUGUUGUUCGCCGAAUUAGGCGGACCACUAGCAGCAUCGUCACAUGAGAAAUCCCCAAAACCGAAACGUAAUCACAAACGAUCGGAACAAAUUCUCUCAAAAUCGGAAAUAAUUGAAUCUAAAACAAGUCGUAGUAGCUACGUUAAGGGUCGUACACCAUUGGUAUCAGUGGUGGAUGCAGCUCAACCAAUAACAUCGCAAUUAAGAGAUACAUCGAUUGGAAAAUCCGCUGCGGAAAAAUUCAAUUUGGUCAGCAAGCCUAAGUCGGCUUCGACCGAGACCUACUCCACCAAGUCACCCACUCACGAUAUCUCUAUCGGCGGCGGUGGCAGUGGUAGUGGCAGAACCAUCUAUGACAUUCAACACCACCACAUGCUGCUGCGGGCCGAGGGGCAUCAGCAGAUCCUUUCGGAUGUGUUGCUCUUUUACAAUCAUUCGGAUCCAAUUUUGCGUGGUGAUGUGCAAAUAAUUAUUGGCAAUUUCACGCAGUCCACACUUGGCUUGUACCACAAUUGCAAUGAGUUGUUCGAUAUCGAUUCCGGCGGCGACGGGCACAAUGUCAAUGAAAACAACGACGACGAUGGUGAUGGUGAUGGUAAAAGUGACGGUAAAGUUGGUGGUAAUUGGGAACCAAAUUGUCUCCAUCACUCACCGCUGCAUAUCAAUAGGCUGUUGGCGAUUUUAAUCAAGGGUCUGCAGGACGAUAUUCACACAGUGGUCAUACAUGCCCUGAAUGCGCUUGAUAAAAUAUUUCCUUUGCUCAUGUCCAAAUAUUUGACUGCGUCCUUCAUUCAAAAAAUGCCAGCCUUUAAUAGUAAAAGCUGUAGCAGUCCAACUAAAAGUCACCAACAUUCACCGGAUGAAACUUAUGACAUUGGAGUGAGUAAUGGCAGCGACUACCACAAUCAAAAUCAAAACCAGAAUCGUCUGAACCAAAACCUCGACGACCACUUAUUGUAUGCUGAUGAUGAUACACUUAUUGGGAAUCUAUUGAAAUGUUUUGAAGUCGACCACAACCAAAGUAAUGGAAAAUCGGGAGUUGCUGCAACCAACAACGACUAUGACAACGACGAAAAAGUCAAUUGUAGUGGCAGUCCUAUUCGUCGAAAUUCUGCAUCUGCAUCGGCCGAUCAGGACCAAAACCAGGACCACCAACAUCAGAGCCAUCAACAACCACGAAUACGACGAGAACGACAAGUAGCUGAUGGAGAUUUUUUCAUCAUAUCCCCGAAAUUGCUAUUGAGCAAACUACGCCUGUGCUAUCACAAUAAAUAUUGGUUGGUCCUGAAUAAAUACGCUGAAGUUAUAUCGAAUCUGGACUAUGAUGCAAUUCGAGAAUAUUACGGAAAUGAUAUUGCAAGUACUUAUGAGAAUACAUUUCUGGACGAACUCUUGCAACUUGUUGGCGACGAUGAUUCUCGCGUCAGGGAGCACACCGCUGAUUGCUUGUGCCGUUUUAUUAUUCAAAUAUCAGGCUACUAUAGUCGACGACGAACAACGGAGAUGGCUGAAAGGACUCUAUCCACCACCACGGCACCAACAACAGCAGCAGGACCAACAGCAACAGCCGGACGAGGAAUGGUUACGUCUUCUUCGAUAGAGCUCUAUCGUACCAAUUUCAAUUUGUUGUGGGACUUCUACGACUAUCGCUUCUUCCAAAGCAUGUCGAUUCCAAUCCGUGAUUUACUCACGGAACACAGUCGCUCGGCGCGAUUGGCAAAUGGCGAAGUUUUGGCCAAAGUUUUGUACAGACUCACAAAUAAACUGAUGGAGUUGAAUGAUAGAAACUUGCAGUGUGGCAUUAUUUAUGCACUGAAAGUCCUGUUGAAAGCAUUCAACUUUUUCGAUUUCCGCGAGAUUUGGACGGAGUUCAACUUUGUGGAGAUUUGCUUCAAGUUCGCUUAUCAUAACUACGCGACAGCAUUGGAUUUAAAUUGCCAGAAUGACCUAAUGGAAGUCACAACAACACUGAUUGCAGGCAAUGUUUUAACAACAAAUGUCAACAGCCACAAUAGCUUUAUCGAUAAUAUAUUGACACAUACGAUGAAAAUAAUUAAUAUCUACUACCACCUGUUCACCAAUCAGAAGCCUUUGCUGUUUGCCAAAGUCCAACGUAAUGAUUUAUUUUCCAAUGCCAAAGAAUUGGCUAUUGUUAAUAGUGUUGGUUAUUUUGGAAGUGAUUAUGUUUAUAUUAAAUUGUAUAAUAUAUUGAAAGCGGCUAAUGAUAGUUAUAAGAUGACCAUAAAUCAAAUGUCUGGUGCAAAACUGAUUUCGCUCCUCCGGACUUGCAUCAAUACGCUUAGUACUUGCAUUGAGCUGCGAAUGAACUGUGGCGACCCCUCUCCCUCCGGCAAUCCAAUCAAAUUAAUCGAGGAAAUUAUACAGUAUUUGACUAAGCUAAUCAAUUAUGCACCAACUGAGUGUAUUGCAAGCUUAAGGCAGCUAUUAAAAUUCUUAUUCAGACGAAAUUAUGGUAGUCGAUGCUCCGACUACCAACUCCACAUAAAUCCAUACUUGGAAGCCAAAUCUAUUGCUUCAACUGAUGUUGGUAUGACUAUAGCGACAGCGAUGGCAGCAGCAGCCGGAGCAGCGGGUGGUUCUCCAGCGGGUGGUAGUCCAUCGCAUUUCAUUUCAACCUCAACUCUUGACAAAAGCUUAAUUGGUACGAGUGGGAAUGUUGUUGGUGGCGGUACGUUGGGCGCCAUUUCAAACCAUAACCAAAUACCAGCAACCACCACGAGCUCGACCGUAGUUUUUGGUCAAUUGUUCGCCACUGGAUUAGAGCUUCCAUUGUGGAAGAACGACGCAGAGAACGAGUGUGCUAAGCAUAUUAAACUAUUCGAGCCAUUGGUCAUAUAUUGUUUGACGCUCUUUAUGAGAUCAAAUGCAAAAGUGCAAGCAUCCAUACUUGAAUUGCUUUCACAAUUGUUGGAUUUGAAUGUGACUUAUAGCAUUUUGGACUCGAAAUUUGUGAUAUACGAUGAAAUAAUGAAGAGUUUAGAUUUGAUUGAAAGCGGAGUUGCAAGCAGAAAUGGCAACACCAUAAUUCCACCGGUCCUAAAGUUCCUCGUCCAAUUAACAUAUAAAAGCGAUCGCAAGAUAAUAACGAUACCGAAAAUCAUAAGCAUCGCCAACAAUUUAUUGGCCAAUAAUUCAAUUCGAGAAUGCAGUGUUCUAGCGCUGAAAGGAUUAGCCUUUGAGAUAUUCCUGAUGCCGGCUCCUCCUCCUUCGUUGUCACACACAAUAGACGUCCUAACACCCCAUCGUCCUGCACCACCUCCACCAUUGCCUGCACGAAAUGCUUCCGCUACUGCUGCUUCAUCACCGCUAAGAAUUGCAAGUAGCAAAACCAGCAGUCGACGCAGUAGCAUCACGAGUGUUACUGCUUUGGACGCCAAAGAAUUGGACACACAAAAGGAGGUGGUUUUGGGAAUGCUGGAGAAAUUUAUUGAUUCCCAAGAAUGCCAAAGGAUGUUGGCGAUUUUAUUACUUCACGACCGUAGUUGGAAUGCAUUCGUUGAUCUUCAACAGCAGCAGCAGCAGUUUGGACAAAAAGACCAACAUUCAAUAGCAGCGACAACUGCGUCGCCAAAACCAAUGACACCGAUGAUGUCGAUGCCGAUACUGCUGCCAUCAUCGACGUUGUCGUCGGCAACAACAUUGUCAAUGCAGGAAGGAGCAAUAUAUUCGAUUGUUACCAAAGGACUAUGCGAUGGCAAAAUCAAAGUGAACGACUGGCAGGGAUUCUUUGUGCUCGAGUCUUUGUUCCAGAACAGUGGUAAAAAUAUCCUUUUGGAUAGCAAAGAGUUUUCAUCGAUGUUGGCAUUGUUCAUUACAAAGAAUGUGGAGAGCUUCAGCGAUUUAUCGUGUGCCACUAUUAUCCUGGAGAAUGUGAUCCUUAAAACCGAGGAAAUCUAUUUAGUAAAUCACAUAAAACUUUAUUUGAAAAAUCACUUCGACAGAGGCAGCAGUGGCAGUGGCAAUGGAAGUGGCAAAGUUGCAGCUGUAGGAGGGGCUGGUAUGACAUCAUUCGAGCUCAGUGGUUACCCUCAUCUUCAAUCGAUGUCCUCGUCCUCAUCAGGAGUGGAUGAUGUUGAUUACGGUGGUCGAUAUGCUUCAAGCUGCUUGCCCAGUACUAGCAAAGCAGCAGCAGCAGCAGCCAACUCCUCUACCACUUCCAUAACCAUCAAUGAAAUUAACUAUUUUGCAAAAGUUUUAUGCGAGAAGCUUGAUGGAUGCCUGGCAACUUUAGCAAAAUGUCGUACACCGCCGAAUAGAAAAUAUUGCGGACUUGUGGUGAGAUUCGUUAGAGCACUCUAUGUCAUUACGGAAAAGAAGGACUCACUUCAGCCAGCCGUACGUCGGUUGCUCUUGGGUGAGUAUAAUUUUUGGGAAAGAUACAAUUUGGCAGGACUUAGCACGGACGAGGGUCUGCAAUUGGAGAUGUUGAAACUUUUGCUAGCCAUCAAAUUGCAAUCGGACAGGAAUUCAGUGUUGCAACAGCUUCAAGAGGGCGGCAUUAAGUGGAACGUGCAAAGAACACUUUUAAAGGAAAUUUGUCUCAGAUUGGAAGAGGACCUGCCAACAACUAACUGGGACUACACCGAAGUGCAGCAACUUUUUUCAAGUAGUUUUUUAAAUAUUUUAAUUAACGAUAAUCUGCCUUUCAUUCGAAUCUUGUGCGAGUCCAACGAGCAGUUUUCCUCAUUAUUCCUAAGAGCCCUAAUCGAGAACUGCAAUGUCCUUAAAAAGAAUUCCAUUCGACGGGUGGUGGUUCAGUUCAUUGAGCAACAACAGCAGAAGCAGCAUCAGCAUCAGCAGCAGCAGCAGCAGCACAAUUUGAUGCAAGGAAUUGAUGCCAAAGUGGAGCUACUGACAAAACUCUUUGAUUUGGUGAAUGGCUAUGGUAAUAAGUCUCUUGAGAAUUUAAUUGUGCGAGCUAGUCGAAGAAUAGUCGCGGAGCACGAUGAUAAAUUGGCCAUUCGUAAUAGCUUCCUUGUGUCUGGCCAUACAAUGCUUGGCAAAAUUCUAUUUGAAGAUGAAUUGAAUGCGGAAACCGAUGAGGCAAUUAGUCGGAGAUAUGAACAAAGGAUCAUCGAUGAGAAGUGGCUCUUUACACAAAUAAUGAAGUCAUCACCAUCAGCCGACUCCGAACGACUAUCACGAAUCCUCCUCGAAAUAUCAUCCGAAUACAAACUCGGUAAAAUGUUCGCCUCCCCCGAUUUCGAUGUGGAAAAAAUUCUCCCCUCAGCCAUCGAUACAUCUCUCAAAACAAUGAUGUCCUCAUUUCGCAACAACUGCAUCCAAUUCAAUCCGCACAUCCAUUACAUGAAUGUCAAUCCAUUGGCAAAGGUAGCCUUAGUCACCUUAGUGACACAUAUCGAUAAUUUCCACAACCAUUGCUCAAAAUCCAACAAAGCCCACCCACUCCCUCAAUAUCUAGCCAAAUCAGUCAUAGCUUUGAUGACAAAUCUGAAACAAAUUGAAGAGCUAGCAUUAAUUUACAUCGAAUCGAAAUUCAUUGAUAAGUUUGUCAAAGAACAUCUGCUGCGUGUUGAAGUCGUGGCAGCACUCAAAACCUUCCUACGGAUAUCCUGCGAAAGUAUAGCCGAACUCAGCCUAAUGAAUCAGCAAAAAGGAGGAGCUCUUGAGAUUUUCACUUUCACCUCCUGCAUUGAUGCUAUUCUCAAGCACAAAUUGAUUUGGCAAGAGUUCAAUUUGUCGUCAUCGUCGUCGUCGAUGUCCAGCGACGAAGAAGAGCUACAUAAAUCUGGUGACGGUGACGGUGCUGGUGCUGAAGCCAACGCACAACUGCUAAAUGAUGUCCUUAAUAUGCUUUUUGUCGUAGUAACUCAAUCAAUGGGAAACACGAUUUUCUACAAAAAAUACAAAGCCCAGUUGUUGCUUCCAAUGGCUAUGGAGACCGGGACAGCAUCAACAACGAUGACAAUGAUGACAUCUCACACGCACCGAAGCGUGUCUGUCUUCCAAAAGGCAAUUUUCCUAGCCAAGCUGAUUGAGACCAAACUAGAUGUUGACUACGAUGAAAGCACCAAAGGAUCCCAAAUCAAAUGUGCCACAGUGCCAAUGCGAAUCCUGAAAUCGAUUGGAAUCUCAAUUCUAAGGACAAAUCGAUUUUAUGCAUAUGCUGUGACCCCAUUGGAGAUCUACCAGCAGAAUGGAGGGUUGGAAGGUGGGGCAGGAAGUCGUAGUUGCGCCGCUGGCGGUGGUUAUGAGAGCCAGAUUAAAAGUUCGAACGGGAAACUACCCUCGAUUCCGGUUGAACACCUCAGUGAUGUUGAUGUUUUGCAAAAAUUUGUAAAGAGGUUAUCAAUUUUUGGCUUCACAACACGACAACAGUUUGAGGAGUACUUUAUGACAUUCCUGCUGCUAAUCAAUAAAGUCUACGACGAGAAUAUGGUCGAUGUGCAGGAGCAAUUUCAAAUUAAAAGCGUUUGUUUAGAAGCAAUCCUGGAACUUUUAAUUACGUACAAAACUUUUCCGAUUGUGGGCAGUAAACUUUCAUAUUUUCAUCAUACAACUCGAUGGGCUCGUAUUAAUUGCGAUAGUAUUAGUUUGAAAAAAUUACACAAAGUCCAACUAUUGGUAUCGGACUCGAAUGUAUUCUACCAUCCGAAUUUGGAGCGCAACCUGUCACCAAUGGCCGACACAAGGGACAACAUUAUUGGAACAUUGUCCUUUCAGCCCAAUCAGUAUGAUCUCAAUUUUAUUUGGCAACAAAUGGAAGCCUACAACAGCCCAAAUAGUCCUACACGUGGCGGUGGUGGUGGUAAUGGUGAUGGGUUAUUAUCAUCCAGUGAAUCAGCGGCAGCAGCAGCAGCGUCAAAAACGUCAGGUGUAAGCCUGCCGGCAGAUGGCAAAGAGGAUAUUUUCACUAGGAAUUUCCGUCACUUCACCGAUAACUCUGGAAUCGAUUUUAGGAGCAGCUCUCAAUUAAUAUUCGAUGUGCUAAUGCAAAUCAAUGAGCACAAUCACAUUCUAGCCUUGCCGAAUUUGGUGAAAUUCUGUGAAAUCUGCGAUAGCCGUGACCAAAUCAAAUUGAUCAGGAACAAAGCUCUAAAACUACAGGAAACAAUACCAAUGGACGAUACAAUAACUCAUCAGUAUGUAAUCUACUUAUUGUGUAAGACCCAAGCGAUGCUGAUACCUUCGCCCAAUGAGCUCUCGCAUCUAUGUGCCCUUGCAGCCGCCUACUUAAAGAGCUCUCAUGUGUUCAUUAGGAAUGCCACCCUGUCGGGAUUGUUGUGUCUGCUCGAGUGCUGCUUCAAAACGAACACAACAAUGGGCAAACUAAGCGAAGAGCUAUCGAUGCUACGGGACUUGAUUGUUGGCUACAUAAAUCGUCAUGGCAUUAUCGAGGAAAGCGCAUCAAUGCAAUGUCAAAGUGACAUUCACAUGAAACUUGUGUGGGCACUUAAUUUCAGUUUAAUCGAAUGGACAUCAAAAUUUGUAGUGCAGUGUCAUUUGCUGUCAAAUACAAUUAUUUGGGCAAAUAAACAUCUUAAAAGGAUAACCAAUCAGGACAUCUACUUGUGUGUCAUACAUGGAUUAGAACGGAUAGUUGUAAUCAAUGCUGCGACACCAGAGAUGCGGACAAAAAUUGAAAAACUCGCCCUCGAUCUGAUGAAGCUGGAAAAUGAGAGAUUUUCAAUUCCAGCGCUGAAAUUGCUUUUGACCUGCAUUUAUAUGGGCUCCUCAAAGCAAUUGGAAAAUACCGAGCUGUCCAAUGGCAUUGUUCAGGAUGACCCCGAGAUAAUCGCCCAACAAACUGACAAAGUCGACAUCCUCUUGCAUUGCAUCAAGUCAUCGACAAGGAGCGCCGCCUGGAUCUAUGGCCAAGUUUUGUGUCAAAUUAUCCGAGAUUUAGUGCCGCCAAAUGAGAUCCUUACCAAGGUCAUCAAAGAGUUUUUGGCUAUAAAUCAACCGCAUUGCGAUGUUAUUGCCAGUAUAGUUCAUCAGGUCUUUCGUUCUGCCAUUGAUUCGUCGUUCCUGCAAAUGCUGCAAGAUUGGCUGAUAUGUUCGUUGCCAACUUUCUUGGCGCUGCCGCAACAGAAAGGUGUCUGGGCGCUAACCGUCAUCUUCUUAUCGGCUUCCAUAAAUUUGCAUUUGAUUAAAUUAUUCCCAGUUGUUUUGGUUGAAUUUGGGGAAUUGGGUCAACAGGAGAUUGUCCUGUUUCAAACAUCCGCCCAAGAUUUCCACUCAAAAUUGAGCGCCGACCAGAAGACACGUUUUCGUGAUGCAUUCAAGCGUUUUCAGCAAAAUGAGAUUUUCGCAAAAAUGUUGCACAGCUUGUAGCGAUGAAGAAGAGACGAUGCGAUGCGAGAUGAGAGACAAGAGAUGGUAGAAUGAUGAUGACGCCAAUCUAAGGGACGGAUGAAAUGCUUUCUGUGUGUAAGAGAGAGAUGCGGAGCUCAGCAAAUAGAGCAUAAGGACCAAAAAAAAGGAUGCGAGAAGAAUCUGGAAUUUAUUUAGUUAGCAAAAAAAAGAUGAAUUUGUUUUUUUCUUUCAUUUUAUUUUUUUCCUUCUGUCUUUUUUUUGUUUAUUCGCAUUUUUUUUUUUAUUAUUUGUUUCAUUUUUUUUUUUUUUGUUAUAGUUAGAUUGUAAGAUUCAAGCAAAUAAAAAGACGAUAAAAAAAAUAUUAUUUUAUCCUUCAAUAAAGGAUAUAUGCGUAUAGAUAUCUACUAUAAAUAAUUGGGAGAAAAUUUGGAAAUAAAAGUUAAAGAACAAUAAAGAAAGAUAUGUUUAUAUCCAUGUUGGGGGUAUCUAUCUACUUUUAAACUUUAUGUAUGGAAUGCUAAAAUGUAGACAAAUAUAAAUUAUAUAUUCAUAUAUGGAAAAUAA